CAAACGAAGCAACCAAACAAAUUAAAUAAUAAAUUAAAGAAAAUAACAGAAUCAAAAUCCAUGCCCACCAUGAAAUUAUCAUUGGUUUUGGUUCUUUUAUUUGCUUGCAGCACCGUCUCCUUCCAGGGAGUUCUUGCUGAUAUUAUCUGUGAGAAUUUGCCCACAAACGUUUGUGCAUUUUCAGUCUCAUCCUUUGGAAAGAGAUGCGUGUUAGAGAACUCGAUAAAAGAUGGCCAUAAGGUGGAGUAUCAGUGUAAGACGACGUCAGAGGUGUUGGUCGGAAGUAACACCGGAGAAUACAUAGAGACGGACAAGUGCGUGAGCGCAUGCGGCGUUGAUCGGAAAUCUGUUGGCUUUUCAUCGGAUCCCUUGCUCGAGCCGACCUUCAUUGCCAAGCUUUGUUCCCCUGAUUGUUACCAUAACUGCCCCAACAUUGUCAACCUCUACUUCAACUUGGCGGCCGGGGAAGGAGCGUAUUUGCCCGACCUGUGCCAGAGGCAACAGGCGAGCCUCCGUCGUGACAUGGCUCAGCUCCAAAGCGACGAUGACAGCAGUGAUGUCGCCCCGGCUCCUGGUCCUAGUCCUCCUCGUCGUGAUAUGAUUGAACUCGAAAGUGAUGAUAGUGUUGAUGAUGUUCCUGUUGCUGCUGAUGAUGCUCCUGUUGUUGCUGCUGCUGAUGAUGCUCCUGUUGCUGUUGCUGCUGAUAAUGAAAUUUUACCUGCCAAUAAUGUUGAUAUCGUAGCUGUGGAGGUUGUUGGUGCUCCUGGUGCUGCUGAUGCUCCUAUUGUAGCUGUCGGUGUCUUAACUGCCAAUGCUGUUGAUGAUCCUAUGGCUGCCGAUGUCUUAACUGUGGAUAAUGUUGUUGAUGCUCCCAUUGCUGCCGAUACCCAAACUGUGGGUAAUGUUGUUGAUGCUCCUGUUGCGGAUACGCCUACACAACUGGGAAGCGCUCGUCGUGAGCUUUCGAGGAGCAACGGUACUGCUCCUGCCCCUGCCCCUGCUGUUGAUGAUGGUGCUUCGACUAUCGAUACACCAGCACCAUCUCCCUCCUAUUUCUAAAGGGUAUAGAUUAUAUAGGGUGUACGACUUUAACUCAAUGGUUUAGUAGGCAGUAUAUAGGAGAAGAAACCAAGCUUCAAACUUUGGUGGUGGUAAUGUGGAAAUUAUGUUCAAAGUAGGUAAGUUCCUUAUGGGCAAAGACAUUUGGCCCAGUUGGCUAACUCUUCAUACUGAUUUACCUGACAAAUUAUUGUGUGAACCAUGGUCCACAUAGC